UACUUAUAGCUUAGAUAUUGUGAGCCGUAUCAUGAACAUGUUGAUUUAUUUAGCAAUUGUUGACAAGUAUGUUUCUUUUCCAAACCUGUCAGAUCAAACCUAUAGACACCUUCGUGGCCUGUCUACCGACCAAGCCAAUGCAAUAUUGCCUAUCCGAUAUUUGCUCUAUCUAUCUCUUCUAUAUUUCUCCAAGAUGCCGAUACGAGUCUUGUACUUCCAGAACAUCAAAGCUAUAGCAAGAAUGUGAAACCAUCUGAUGGAGUGGACAAGUUCUUUUCUUUUGUUCUCAAGACACGUCCGCCGGAAGUAAAUAAUAUUGAGGAUAUAUAUCGACAUGUUUCCAUUGUUUCUUGGUAUUGGACAAGCUAUAUGAACAGCCUGUCAGUAUGCUACGAAAACAAGCCUGGUCAUUUGGAUUCUCUGUCUGGAUUAUCGGAAGAUCAAACGACGGUAGUAUUCACAUCUAGUGAAGAAGCCAUAAAGAACUGGCGCAAGAGUAUUCAGAAGAUGAUUAAAGGUGUUGGGCGCUCUAAUGCAGAAAUGAAGAAAAAGGUUGAACAGACCAUGAAGCUUAUUGAAUUGAAUUUACAGAUUAUCUAAAUGUUUACAAAAUAUACAUAUUUGUACAUUUAUGUGUUAAUGUUGGUGUACACUUGCACAAAAUGUUAAGUUAAAUCGCAAUAAAUGUAGGUUUUUAU